AUGACUGCAACGACAAACUUGUCCAGCCCGGUUGGGAUCGAGCUAGAUGUCUUGUUCCCACGCAACACAACGUACAACAAUAUGACAACCCCGCCCGUUGUGUUUACCCUCCAAAAUGCCCCCACGGCCGUCUUCUUCGAAUACAGGAUAAACUGGAAAUUAAAUAGUGACGACGCCUACUUCUUCCUGUCCAACAGUUUCGACGACAGCAACGGUGGCAAGAAAUUUAAUUAUACCGCCGGCACAACCGCGCUCCUGGCAGACUCGGCAUAUUGGGGCGACAAUCUGGAUGCCGGCUCUUAUACUCUCUCCUGGAGCUAUACCACAACCACCUGCGACGAUCGUGGCGACUCUACGCUCAUUCAGACUAGCCAUGUGGCGGCAGGAAACCUUUACUUCACCGUUGUAAAUGAUGGAAGUGGCUCAGAUUUAUCAUUCAAGGAAUGUCCCGAUUACCUGGAUAAUGUCAUGGCCAAAGCAGCUUCUCACUCGUGGGGAGAGCCGCAGCCGUUCAACGCGAAACUGAACGAGAAGCAAGUGAAAUGUCUAGACACAUACUUUGAUGGUCGGACGGAUAUGGAUGCUUGUGAGGCUGGAUUCGAUGAUAUCAACACAGGGGACAAGGUAGAAUGGAAAUAUGCAAAUCAGGCGCGGAAUACACACAGUCAAGCUGGGGACGUCAGCACGACAUCUUCUGGAAGCAGCAGCAACAAUAUCUCCAGCUCUGCGGGCACGAGCAAUUCGGGUCAUAACUUGAAUGGUGAAAGUGAGCCCAGCAAGGAAUCGAAUGACUCAGGUGACCGUUCACUGGGUAUUGCCCAUCGUCCAGGGUUGGGACUUGGGGUUGUAGCUUUGUUAGUGGCUGGGGUGGUUUUUUCAUAA